UUACAAAAUGACCCGAACCCAAUUUCGUUUGUAUAAAGUGUCGAAACCUAGGUCUUCCACUCCACUCGUAACAACACAGGCUUCGCAUCAGUUCUCUGAGCCUCUUUUCUCCUCGGUACUCUUGACAGCUUCUGGAUUUGUCACAUUAAUAUCUUGAAAUGGCUAUCGCAUUCUACAACCUCAACUCAGAUGCUGGCCUCAAGAAGCUUGAUGAGUACCUCCUGACACGUAGUUACAUUUCUGGGUAUCAAGCUUCCAAGGAUGACAUCACAGUAUAUUCAUCACUUCCCAAGCCCCCAUCAUCUGAAUAUGUCAAUGCUUCUCGGUGGUACAAACACAUUGAUGCACUUUUGAGGAUCUCUGGUGUAUCUGGAGAAGGUUUUGGGGUAAUCAUUGAAGGUUCUGCACCUAUCCCUGUAGGUGUGGCAACACCACCUGCCGCUGACACAAAGGCCUCAGCUGCUGAUGAUGACGAUGAUGAUGAUGUUGACUUGUUUGGUGAGGAGACUGAAGAGGAAAAGAAGGCUGCUGAAGAACGUGCUGCAGCUGUCAAGGCGUCAAGCAAAAAGAAAGAGUCUGGAAAGUCCUCGGUUCUUAUGGAUGUGAAGCCAUGGGAUGACGAGACUGAUAUGAAAAAGCUUGAGGAAGCUGUUAGAAGUGUUACGAUGGAAGGAUUACUCUGGGGAGCAUCUAAACUUGUUCCCGUUGGGUAUGGUAUUAAGAAACUACAAAUUAUGCUCACCAUUGUGGAUGACCUCGUGUCCGUGGAUGAACUUAUUGAGAGUACUCUCACUGUUGAACCUGUCAAUGAGUAUGUCCAGAGCUGUGAUAUCGUAGCUUUCAACAAGAUAUGAAUUUUCUGCACUAAGAAGUUGGAAAUUGCAGCUGCUUAUACUGCCUACCAAGUGAUAGUAAUUCUCAUUUGGUUUUUGUUUGACAUUCUCAGUGUUUCUUGUUAGUGUCUUCCUGGAGUUCUCCUGAUUUGCCUCUAUUGCUUUCUGGUUGUACUGACAGACAAAUUGUCUUUUUAAUAACAUGUUUUCGUAUUUGCAGUUGCCAAAGUA